CUUUUCAAAUCAGUGCCGAUUGUAUUUUUUGUUAUUUCAGGACGUGCUGGAAAACAUGGCAAAUCGAUUACAUUCCUCACGCCGGACGAUAGUGCGGUGUUCUACGAUUUGAAGCAGUGUUUAAUGGAGUCUCCAAUUUCUACAUGCCCUACAGAACUGUCGAAUCACCCCGAUGCACAACAGAAACCAGGGACGUUCACCACUAAAAAGAGACAGGAUGAGACGUUGUUUAAGUAA